AUGAAAUUAAUUUUAUUAUUUGUCCUUUUAUUUUCAUUAUUUGCUUUGUCAAAAUGUGAAACUGCUUUUUUUGCAUUCACUACAAAUCAAGAUAAAGAAUUCAUUAUCAAGUUAACAACUGAAGAUUCAAUUCAAACAGCAAGGGAUAUUUUAUCUGGAAAGGAAACUGAAAAACUUCACGUAUUAGGAAGAAUUAAAAAAAAUCAAGCAUUUUAUAACCCAAAUUAUUCUUUCCAUUUAGAUGAGAAUACCAUAUCAUUUUUUACUAUUGCAAUUGAAGUUUGUGAUGCCUCACUUUCUUAUGUUCAAGAUCAUAUUGAUGAAGCAUGUGGAGCUUUCCUUCCUGGUUGCUUUUAUUGCCCAUGGUCAAGCAAAUUAACAAGAGAAGUUACACCAUCAGAACUUUAA